UAAAUCAAUUAUGGAGUUUUCGCAUGCGCAUAAGAAUGCUAUGAGUAAAUACCGUUAGUUGCCGUUGUGUUGAUUCGAACGUGCCGAUCUGGCGCGAAUAAAAGUAUUAGGGUUAUGUUUGAUAUUUUUUCUCUAUCUAUAUCGGAAUAGUUGUACCAAAUCCUAAUAUUUUCACAAAAUGAGAAAUACCACACUUACAGAAAUGGAACCAUUAAAAAUACACUUAGACUCAUUAGAGAUGGCUGGAAAAAUGGUAGAUAAACAUAUUAUUGCAGAUAGUAAUUUUCCAUCCUUAAUUAAUCUCAUGCGAUAUAAUGUACAAGGAGGACCAACUGUUAGUGGUCUUGAUGAUCAUGAUUAUCCUAAUUUAAAUGGUGCAUCAAUGGCUUUAACAAAUAUUAGCCAAAUAAAGAUACAUAGUAAAAUUCCUUUGCCUUCUGAAGUAAUGGAACACUUUGGUCAUAUGCAAUGCCAUUGCAUGAUGGGUCUUUUUACUGAAAUUUCAAAAGCUUGGCUCACAAUUGAUAGCGACAUUUAUUUGUGGUCAUAUGAAAAUGAGUCUGAUGUCGCUUACUUUGAUGGUUUAAAUGAAACUAUUAUAAGUGUAGGUUUGGUAAAACCUAAGACAGGAAUCUUCCAAAGUUAUGUAAAAUAUUUGUUAAUUCUUACAACUACAGUAGAAAUAACCAUUCUUGGUGUUACAAUACCUGAUGAAGGGGGAGAAAUGCAGUUAGUCCCAGAACCAAUCUUUACUGUGACUACUGAUGGGAUAGGAAUCACUACAAUUGCUAAUACCAAUAGUGGCAGAAUUUUUCUCGGUGGUAGAAAUGGAUCGCUAUUUGAAAUAUAUUACCAGGCAGAGAGUAGCUGGUUUGGUAAACGAUGUAAAAAGAUUAAUCAUUCAGAAGGUCCAUUAUCAUUUCUAGUGCCAUCAUUUGUUACUAUGGCAUUGUCAGAAGAAGAAGCCAUAAUACAAAUAUCUGUGGACGAUUCGCGUAAUAUUUUGUACACUUUAGGUGAUAGAGGCACGAUUACAGUUUGGGAUAUUGAUAAUAAUGGCGCAUCUAAAAUCACUUCGUUAUCUCAAGCUUCUUUGGUACAAAACACUGUACAUGUUGUUAAGACUCUGGAUAGUAACAACUUUCGACCUCUCGUAAGCAUAUCAGCUAUAAUGGAAUCCGAAUCGGUACAUCUGAAUUUGGUCGUUGUUGCAGCAACAGGAACUCGGUUUUACUUUAGUUGCACUUCAGUUACAAAUCCAUCAUGUAGACCACAAGGUUUACAAUUGAUACAUGUCAGGCUACCACCAGGUUAUGCUGCAAAUGCUCCAGUAAUGAGACCACGAAAAGUACAAAUGGCAUAUUAUCGAAAAGGAACUCUUUUUCUCGUUUGCGGUGGUGAUACGGAAACCGCAUGGUGUUUGAGUAAUGAUGCUUAUCCAUUCACAAAUUAUUUGGCUGAAACUCAGAGCAUCUUACCUCUUGAUAGCCCAGCUUGGGCUAUGGAAGAGAUCAUAAGAGAUUCAGCUAUACACAUAGAAAAGCAAAGUAGUACUCAGGGUGAGCCUCCCUUAUUAGUGCGUCAACAUAUGGAACCACCAAGGAAAUUUAUAUUUUUAACAGCACAGGGAGCGAUAAUCCUAAUGCAAGUACGUCCUGUAGAUAUAUUGAAACAACUUCUCUUAGAACAACGGGGACCUGACACUGAAGUAGUCCGCGCAUAUUUUCAAUCACAAUCCCUAGAACAAGCAUGUGCUACGUGCUUAAUUUUGGCAACGCUUGAAAGUUCUCAGAAUGCUCAGUUAUCAGAAUGGGCAACUCGUGCGUUCUUCUUAUACGGUGGUCAAAGAAUAACAGGGAUAGGUCCUUCAAUUGAUGUGCAUAGCGGUUUCCCUACCAUAACUCCAGCAGAUUUACGCACAUCUACGCCUAGAGUACCAAGCUUCGAUUCUAGAACUCAAUCCUUCCGAUCACCAGCACAAAUGGGUCUUAGUACAGACAUUGGUUUGCAACAUUUUUCUGCAAAACAUAGCGGAUUAUAUCUGUAUGUAGGAAGAAUACUCCGUCCUAUAUGGAAUGUACGAUGUAUAAAACAGGAAACAAUAUGUAACAAAAAUGUAAUAUCUAGCGUAGUACCAGCGACGCAAAUAGCUUGGAUUUUAGGUCAUCUACAAGCGUUAAGAUGUUUUUUGAAUAAAAAUACGCAUAUCACAAAACAGCAAAGUACGAGUAGUAGAAGUUUAACAAAUGGUUUUGAAACAACGAUUCAAAGUCAUUUUCAAGAACCAAUUGUAGAAGAAAGAAACUCAUUGGAUGCUUUAAAAGUUUUCAUUACUCAUGCAUGUGAGGUUUUGGGUUUAUGGAAAAUAUUAUGCGAAAAUCAACUAAAUAACAUCGUCAACUGUUUGUCAAAAGAUCAAAUUACCCAGUUUUCUACAGCUACUUUCAGAGAUUUAAUUUUAAUAGGCCAUGAAAUAUCUUCUCUACUUAUCAUUCAUUUAAUUGAUAGUUAUCUUGGGGACAACGCAUCAGUGGAUUCCGUUAGUGCAAAAUUAAGAGAAGUUUGUCCCAAUUUAUAUAGAUCUGAAGAUGCUGUUUGUUCUAAGGCAAAUGAAAUUCUUUUAAAAGCAAAGGGAUGUACAAAUCCUGAGGAAAAAGAAUGUUAUCUUCAAUCCGCUUUAACGCUUUGUAAAGAGGUGGCGCCCAGGUUAAACUUGAAUGCAGUAUGUCAACAGUUUGUUGCAUGCCAGUUUUACACGGGUGUACUUGAAUUAUGUAUCUGUUGCGCAGAAAGAAUAGAUCCCAACAAUGCUGCCUCACAUUAUUACAAAAACAACGAACCUAGAGAAGAUCAAGAAGGAAAACAGGCUUUUACGAAACGAUCAGAGAUUUAUAAGGAAUUCACUACGAUGUUAGAUCACUUAUACCAUCAGAGUAUUUCUAAUCCUUUAACACCAACUAUACCAAGCAAGCCGGGGCCUCCUUUACAAACUGUGUCAACUACUGUAAUAAUGCCAGCGAAAGAAAUAUUACAUGAAAUUAUAGACGAUGCGUUACAUGCACCAUGUGAGACUCUUCAUUCUUCUAUUUACACUUGGAUGAUAGAACGAGGACUUCACGGUGAAUUAGUUGCAUUUGCUGCACCUUCAUUAGAAACUUACCUCAAUCGCGUCGACGCACCUGAGUUACUUUGGCAAUUCUACGAAAGAAAUAAGAAUCAUGCAGCUGCGGCAAAAAUCUUAGAUUCUUUAGCUAGCAAAGUCGGAUCAGAGAUAUCACUCGCAAAGCGAGUUGAAUAUUUAGCACGAGCAGUUGUAUGUAUGCGAAGUGAUCAAACUGGAUAUGCUCCUUAUCUUGGAAUCUUUUUACGUGAAUUGGAAGAUAAAUUAGAAGUAGCUAGAAUGCAACAACAAAUACUUGAGAUUAUCACCAAUCAACAAAAUCUGUUCGAUUCAAUAAUAGUUGCAGAUGCAAAAUUGAGACUAAAUUCUUCAUUGCUCGAUAUUACACAGUUGUAUGAAGAAUAUGCAGAACCUUUACAACUUUGGGAAUGCAAACUGGCUAUAAUUCAUUGCUCAGGUCAUCAAGAUGACAUGUUAAUUAAAGGAAUUUGGACUAAUAUUAUUGAUAAUGAAUUAGAAAAUGCAACAGAACCAUCAAAUGAAGACAAAAUGAUCAUUUUAAUGUGUAAAAUUAAAUUACUUGGUCAAGAAUAUAUUGGAUCACCCCAUUGUUUCCCUAUUGAUUUUCUGGUAAAACAAUUGGAAAUGAAGGCAUGUAAAUAUAAAGUAACUAAUACUAGUAUUAUAACAUCUUUCUUAGAAUUGGGAGUAGCAAUGGAAGAUCUCUUGGACAUUUAUGAUAAAAUGAUUGGAAAAAAUACUCGUAUUUGGUUAAAUGAAGGCAACGAAUUUCAUCUAAUUGAAUCAACAGCAAAUUUAGUAAAUUAUUUUAUAAAAAAUAAAACACUAACGAAUAGUUUUGUCAGGAGAAAGAUAAUAACAAAAUGUCAGGAUGUUAUCUCGAAAUGUUUAACAACUCUUUUUAGUAAACCUAAUGGUGGAGAUCUCGAAAGAGAAAUAACAAAUCUGCGAUCAAUUCAAAGCAUAUUAAAUCGUAUGUGAAAUAAUUUUGCUGAAGAGAAAUUAUAUAUAUAUAUAUAUUUGAAGAGAAAGAUGCAAAUCUUGUGACUUCUAAGUUAUUUGAUAUUUUUUUCUGACAAAAACUGCAAUUUAUAAUAUUAUCGUUAAAUAAGUGAAUUGCUCAACUUUUAUAAUCUUUAUCAAGAAAUACACAAUUUAUUCCAGGCAGAUAAUACUGUCCGAUCUUUUACAAAUUUGUAAAGUACUAUGUACCAAGUAAUAAUAUAAAAUUAUCGAAUAUA